AUGGCAGCAGUAAAUCAAAGGAGUAUGAGGGAUUUUGCUCGCCCGGUGGUUGAACCGGAAACCUCUAGUAUAGUUCUUGGAGAUGCAGCUAAGAAUUAUGUGCUCAAGCCUAUGCAUUUUAGCCAGCUACCUUCUUUCUAUGGAAUGCCUUCAGAAGAUGUAUUGAACUUCAUCAGAGAGUUCUAUUCUGUGGACAAAGCUAAGGUGUGGUUCAUGUCUCUUGAACCAAAUUCUCUACGGAAUUGGGAUGCCGUCUACGAGAAAUUCAUGGCUAAGUACUACUCCAACCAGAAGACUCAAGAAUUGAGAGCACAAAUUGUCACAUUUGCUCAAAAUUCUGGUGAGACUUUUCAUGAGGCAUGGGAUCGAUUUCGGAGUCUUCAGCGACAAUGUCCACAUCAUCAUCUACCACCUGCAUUGCUUAAUCUGUUUUUCUAUGAUGGUUUGGCUCAAAACUUUCAAUACAUGGUGGAUAACGCUGCAGGAGGAGAUAUUGGUAAUAGGACAGCCGAAGAGGUCAAUAACAUAUUUGAGACGAUGGCCUCGAAUUCUCAACAAAAGAGUGCUAGAGGAGGAAGGAGGGCAGCCGUCAAUGAAGCUACGCCAAGCUAUGAUGUUACAAGGCAACUUGCCGAGUUGACUAGGCAAGUGGAACUUUUGAGGGUGAAAGACUCUAAAUCUCAACAAGUGAUGUCAGUCGAGACUUGUGGGAUUUGUGGAGAAUCUGGACAUGGAGCAAAUUUAUGCCCGAAAAUGGGAGAGCCUAUAUUUGAGGAUGAGGCACAACAGUAUCCCAACCAACAAGCUCCACCGAAGAAGCCUUCAUUGGAAGAUUCACUGAACGCAUUUAUCCAGUCAACUAACCAAAGAUUUGAGUCCGUUGAAGCUUCAAUAAAAAGAAUCGAGACCCAAGUUGGACAGAUUGCAGGAACUGUAGGAAAGCUAGAUCAGCAGAAAACCAGGGACAAGUUGCCGAGCCAUUCUGAACAGGCUCGUGCUAUUUCUAUUCUUAGGAGUGGCAAAGUGGUUGAUAACAAGGUACAAUAUCCACAGGCUGAUGAAUCAAGUUCUCAAGAGGCAGAAUCAAGCAAGUCGGAAGAAAAGAAUGAUGAUGCAAAGAAAGAAGAAGAGAAGAAGAAUAAUGGGCUUCACAAAGCUGCUAAUCCUUACACACCACCUAUACCUUUUCCGAGCCGACUAAGGAAUGCAAAGCAAGAUCAGCAGUUUAAUGACUUUUACAAGUUGCUAUCAAAAGUGAAUGUGAAUUUGCCUCUACUUGAUGUGAUUCAGAAUGUUCCGGCGCAUCAUCAACUUCCACCAAAGCAGCGAGAUCCAGGAAGCUUUGUUAUCAAAAUUGCUUUGGGGAACGGGAAAGAGGCAUCAGGGGAUCUUAAACCUACUCGUUUGUGCUUGCAAUUAGCUGAUAGGUCUGUUCGUUAUCCUAAAGGGAUUGUCGAAGAUAUAUUAGUUAAAGUUGGUGGUUUAAUUAUUCACGUUGAUUUUGUUGUCUUGGAUGUGAGGGAUGUUCCACAUUUUGUUUUUCGUUAUUGUUGA